AAAUUGUAUUAGAUAUUGGUAACUUGUUCUAACAACUUCUCAACAUUACCUAUAAGUUGACACAACAUACACACCCCCUCUUUCUCUUGGACAUAUGCUGGACACAUAGGACAUAUACACGGCACCCACAAUUCCCCUCCCCCAUGACAAUCACACAGACACACCCAACCCAUGGUUGGACCUCAGGACAAAGAACUCUCAGGAACCAAUGGAACGUGGACACCAGGCCUGAUCAGGACUACCCAAGACCCAGACCGACCAAUCGGAAGGCCAGACUCGCAGAUCAACCUACUUUGCUUGUUGUCUAUAUAUAAAACUGUAUGACUGUGGAAACUCCCUCUUUUUCCAAAUGACCCCAUACGGAUCGGAUAGAAAAGAGCCGUGCUGCACGCUUUGCAUAAUAUUUUUACACUUGAAUAAACCUGCCUUAUUAUAAAAUUAUCCACCUCGUCCUAUGUCUCCACUUGGUCUCCUGUCUCAAGUAAAAGAAUUAUCAUCAACAUGGUAAGCAGAGGAUGGUUAAAACAUAUUUGAAUUAGGCCCAAUAGAAAAUUCAUCGGACAGGAGACGAGAGGGAGAAAGAUUCAAGAAGGAGAGGUGACCCGCUCGAGGGAGACGUCGGCGAUUCAACUCACCCAGGAAACUGAUCAAAGAGCUCGAAAAUAUUAAGGUAAGCAGAGCCGGUUUAAUCAAAAUCUGCAUAUUGUAUUAUAGCCAAUAUCUAAAUUCAAUGAUCAGAAGUACUGAGGUGAGUGAAUUGUUGCUAAAUUUAUGUGGAAUUGUUUAGAAUCUAAGGCAAUGUGUAAAGAUAUUUGCGAAGUAUAAAAUCAAGUCGCAUUAGUAAUCUGGGACUAGUUGAAACAUUUUUCAACUAGGAGCAUCAGUGAUAAACCUAAGCUUGAAAUAGGAGUAAUGGUAUUAAACUUGAAACUCAAAUGUAUUUGAAAUGUAAUGUGAUCUGUUCAAGUCGUAUUAGUAAUCUGGGACUAGUUGAAACAUUUUUCAACUAGGAGCAUCAGUGAUAAACCUAAGCUUGAAAUAGGAGUAAUGGUAUUAAACUUGAAACUCAAAUGUAUCUGUUCAAGUCGUAUUAGUAAUCUGGGACUAGUGGAAAUGGCAUCCCUCUAGGAGCAUCAGUGAGAAACCUAAGCUUGGCGUAUUGGGAUUCAAGUCGCAUUAGUAAUCUGGGACUAGUUGAAACAUUUUCAACUAGGAGCACCAGUGAUAAAUCUAAGCUUGAAAUAGGAGCAAGGGUAUUAAACCUGAAACUCUCCAAAUUAAUGCUGUUCAAGUCGCAUUAGUAAUCUGGGACUAGUUGAAACAUUUUUCAACUAGGAGCAUCGGUGAUAAAACUAAGCUUGAAAUAGGAGCAAGGGUAUUAAACCUGAAACUCUCCAAAUUAAUGUGUGUGAUUGAGCGUUCCACGAGAUCUAUUGCUACUAAUUAGCUAUAAGCUAAGUUCAGGCUCCGUUAGUGGUGACCGCCGAGUCAGAAUCUGUGUGCCACGGUGAAGCAGCCAUUUACGGUUGAUGAGUUGACCUGGUUUUCCCCUCUUAUACUGUUGGCAAAUCCUUAAGGGAUAGAAUUCAUUUGAAAAUUAUUAGAGAAGCGCGUGAAUUACUAGUAUAUUGUCCCCAAAGGAAAAUUUCUGAAAUGUUUUGGCAAAGUAUUUAAUUAAUCGGAAAAAGUUUAAAUUAACCGGGAAAGUUAAAAGAAAUAAUAUCUCUCGAGUUAAAGGUCUUAUAAUUGCCAUUCCAAUUAUAUCAGGAGCGCCGGAAUUCAUUAGUAUAUUGUCCCCAAAGGAAACUUCUGAAAUAUUUUGCCAAAGUAUUUAAUUAAUUAAUUUAGCGAAAAGCAAUAAUAUUUUUUUUUUAUUAUUAUAAAUACCCAAAACUGUCAUUCCAAUUAUAACAGGAGCGCAUGAAUACAUUCGUAUAUUGUUUCAAAAAGAGAUAGCUGAAAUAUUGUUGGAAAACGAAAAUAAUUCAUCAAAUACACGGCAAUAAAAUCCUUUGUCCACGCGAGUCGGACACCAGACUGGGGGAGGUUAGAGGAAGAAAAAUACAUCGCUGGUUUCGAUCAGUGACGGGCUAAAGUAUACAAAGAUAAUAAUAGACCCAGACAUAGCUCAACGACAAAAUGACCACGACUAUCGUCCCCAAACACAAAUUCAACGAAUAUUUAGAUCAGAGAAUGAAAGACAGAGCAGGCGGGAAAUUACACUACAAACCCGUUAAAAGAGUUUGGGAAGAAGUGAGGCUGAGAUGGAUUCAAGCAGGCUUCCUUAGUGGAGUCGCCCCAUCAAAAGGGCAACUCCUCAUUAUGAAGAAAGAAUUGGAGGAAGCAGUGAAGCAAGGGAUAGAAUGUGAAGUUGAUAAGAAUAAAAGUCACUUAUUUAAAAAAGAAGGGACAAAGCAGAGGGAGAAGGCAGAGGCUGAGAUGAAAAUAGGAUUAUGGGCAAUUGAGGAAAUUAGAAAAGCUCUCCCUUACCGGAAACCUGAUACGAUGGGAGUGGUCACUGGAGCACCAACUGACACCAAAGAGGGCAGGCCCAACAAUAAUGACGCCCCACCUACCACCACAGCAGCCCCAUCGGCCCCAACCCAUCUCAGGGGCACUGUGGGGUUAAUGGCAAUUCCCCAGGCUCAGUUCAACUCCCAUGUGCAUCACCACAUUACCCAAUACAAUAAGGGUAAGGGAGGGGCUGAAACACAAAUCCAGUCCCUACAGGUACAACUUUUGAAACUACAAUUGAAAGAGGCCCAGAAAGGAGAGAAACCCAAGAAACAGAUGGUGGCUGAAGACCAACAAGAAAUCUCACAAAUCAUUGAAAAAACUGUUUCCCGAAUGAUACAGCAACAACUACCCAUCUUCACCCAGCAGGGACCACCUAUACACCCACCCCAGGAGCAGCCAUUCCAACUGCCGUAUGCCUACCCGCUUCAGCCAUACCCUUCGUCGGAACCACCACUACAACCCUACUACCCACUACCACAAUCAAACUAUUCACCCACAUGGGGACAGCCCCAGAGAUACUCUGGAUCUUAUGGAAGCUGUCAUAAUUGUAAACAAGCUGGGCAUAUGGUGCGACAGUGUCCGCACCCAAUAACCCCGGCCCAAAGCCAGUUUCUGGCCAAAAGGGGACGAGGAUACGCCCCUAGACUAAGGGGGAGUCAGGCCAAGGAUGUAUCAACCACGUGCGGCCCUUCAACCCGCAUACAAUCACCCCAAUCCAGACCCGAAUCAGCAAUCACCUCCCCCUUUUCAGGGCAUGGCUGACGAAUAUGCCCCAUGGCCCUGAAGCUGCUCACCACUAACCUACACUCAUCAUUGACCUGAACUACUGAAGCAUCAAAGGCUUUUGCACUCUUGAAAACAGAUCUCUAAGUGGCAGUAGCCCAACAGCACCUGACUAAAAAAAAAAAAAAAACAAGUUCCAUCUGGAUGUUUCUGAAAAAGAAGGAUUUACAUCAUCCAUCCUUUUCCAGAACCAAGAGGGGGAGAGAAGAGUGUUGAGGUAUCACUCCUCCAAACUGGACCACAUUGAAGCAGGACAAACCACAUGCUCCAGGUAUGUGGCUGCAGUGGCAAAAGCUAUUGGAAAAACAGCCCACAUGAUAAUGUGCCAUCCAUUGGAAAUCCACACCCACCAUGGGGUUGCAGCAUAUCUGAUGAGCAAAGAAUUCACGUUCAGCGCUGAAAGGAAAACGGAAAUCCAGAAUAAAUGCACACAAUCACACAUCACAUUUGUCAACACUGACAAAAACAUGGCAGACGCACUCAAUGCUGAAGGUCUACCCCACUCCUGUGCAGAAAGAGCUGCACAGGAACUGAAACGGAGACCUGACCUGGGGAACGAACCACUCACCAACACACACACAUAUGGGGAAAGACAAUGUGACAAAUGGAAAAAGGUACCUGUUAGUUAUGGUAGACAGGUUCUCUAAAUGGGUUGAGGCAAUACCAACAGCAGGGGAGGAUGCAAAAUAGGUCAUUAGGUGGCUGCAAACCGAACUCAUGUGUAUUGUUUAAUGACAAACGCUCCAUGUACCAAUAGGGUCGGAUGUGUAAAUGUCAACUGAUUAAUAGAUGUUGUUUAAUGAUGGGGUUAGUGUACAGGCCACAAUCUCAUAAGUCUCGUGGAACGCGCCAAUCAAAUGUAUGUGCAGGUUUGAAGUUGAUUUGGGUUAAAGUCCUGCCCCUGGCGUUGCUGGCCAUGAUAGCCUCUCCAGGUGCAGGCACCCAUCUCUCUCCUCAUGAGACAAUGGCUGGAGGAGUCAUGCUGGGUUCACCAAGGAAGGGAGGUCAUAUGCCCGCCCUUGAUGUACAACAAAUUGUAAUGUUUGAUAAUUGACGGAACUUUCUGCAGCUCUCUCCACACAGAUUCACAAAGUCCAACGGGGAAGCAGAAGGGAGAUCUGGCACACGGAAGGUAAAAAAUUGGUGACUGGGUGGGGUUAAUGUCCACAAGAGAAAGUGGCUAGAACCCAGGUGGACUGGACUGUACGAAGUGGGGGAGGUUACUUCACACUCAGUCCAGGUCAAAGGUAAAUCAGGCGCACCUUGGCACCACUUCACACAUUGCACUCCAGCCCCAAUCCCUUCUAGAACACUGACAGAAGUCAGAGCUGAUUUAAACAGCUUAAAUUCGAUUCCAAAUGAAGACAUUUCUGACUCAGGUGAUGCGGAAUCAAACUCCGCCUCCCCUGAUAAAAAAACCUCGCCCAGUUGGAGGGAUAUUUCUCCCUCCCUGGGCAAGGCUAGGGAUAUCUGGCCCCUUAUUUGUGAUAUUCCUACUGAUAUUUGGGCUGUCCCUGGGCACUUUCACAUGGUUAAUAGAAUAACUAUAACCGGAUCCCCAUGGAUGUAUGUCACGGACACUCUAGUCUAACUAGGUAAUAAUAGAUUAAAAAAUUAAAAAAAAAAAAAAAAAAAAAAAAAUUUAGAAAACAAUAGUUAAAAUAAGAAACUAAUAUGGCUCAAAUUGAGAAGGUUGAAUGAGAGUGGGUGGAGAGCUAUGCAGAGAAUGGACAGAAGAUGGCAGUAUUGCAGCACCCAAAUGGUCUCCCAGCCGACUGGUUGAAUGCUGGUGACAUAAUUUUGUUUUUUGGAGUAAACAUUAAGGUUAAGGGUUUCCGUGUACCCAGAGAUAAGAUAUCUUAAAAGAAUACACUCAUAUGGGAAUAGGAGUUUUACUUUCUGAGUUUUAUUUAGGCAAGGGACUUUGAGAAGAUAAAGGGUUCUUUUGGUAUGUUUAGAUAUGGAACACGAAUGUAGGUGUAACAUUUUGACCUGUUUUCUGUUUCCAUUGCAUUUUCCGGCGACUUGAUCACUCGCGGGGAAAUGUGGUGAGAAUAAGGAGAUUGUGUCAUUUGGGAUACUAGUUUUGAGGUAAAUUGAUUACAAUAGAGUUUAUAACUCUUGACCAUAAGGUAAGCAUUUGUAUUGGCCAUUAGAAGAUAGAGAUAGGUUAAUUAAGGUUAUGUUAGGACUUUAAAGGUUGACACUAUAAGACCUGUAGUUAUUUUUAAAUCCAUGCAGAUAAAGUCAAAACAGUGAGACACUUAGUUAAUGUUGUAAAGGAACACACAGUUGUUAUUGACUAUUAUUACAAAAAGGCAGACAGAUGGGUCUACCCCGCACUGUUCAGACCUUGAAGGUUUGAGAGCAGAGUGGGGAGGGUGGACCAGGAAAUGAGCAAGGUAGGCUGUGAAAUAAGAUAGGAGAGAAAGGGGUUAACAUAUUUAAGCAGCACAGAUACAUUUCAAAGUAGAUAAGUCACUUGACAGAGAAUUAGAAAAGAAUAGAUAUGAAUGUACGCCGAAGGGAGAAUUGGAUAUGCGGGGAAUAAAAGGGACGUUCCUAGAAUAUGAUGUACUAGGUUAUUAUUUAGAGUAAGUAAGGUUGAUACCUGGCCAGAGCCAGGUAUCAAACGAAGGAGGGUACAUUGUGGACUGGGAAAGGAUGGGGUCCAUUGGAUAAUAAACUUAUUUAAAAUUAAACAUUUAUAGCUAAAAAAUUAGGCAUAGAAAUUAAAUAUAUAAUCAGAAAGAACAAAUGAGGAACUGUUUGUUAACCAAACCUGUAUGUCCAAGAGUUUAUACAUUGCAGGUGAAUCAAGGGAGAAGGUGAAUCACUCGACCUGGGGGCAUAUCGCACUUGGAGGGUGAGACACACUGACACUGCCGAAUGAUCACAGAGUUAAGGAGAAGAACUGUUGCUAAUAAAGCUCAGGGGUCAACUCCUUAAUGAAGAAUUCCCUGACCCCGACCUUUCCUCACUGUGUUCGUUCAUAGAAGUGAAAGUGUUGCUUGAUCUCUGGCUGAUGAUGUGUUCUCUGGGAGAGGGUGGGGUUUUACAGGACUGCUUGUAGUCCUGAGCUGUCUGAUCAGGAUACGAUGGGGAGGUUACCAUCGCAGUGCUGCCAGAACCACCACCAGUUCCAACGGACCAGGGUUCAGCCGGCCUCCUCCACCACUCCAAGACCAAGUCCCACGCCAUCACCUAAGCUCUCCAAUCUGAAGUCCCUCCCCAGAAGGACCGUGGGAAGUUAAGGCAUAUGGGGGACAUAACAGCUGUAACACUGGUACAGGUAGAGGUAUAGACUAUGGAAGGCUCCCUGCUACUACCUGCAUAACUAAUACCACUAUUAACUAGAGGUGUUGCUGAUGUAUGGUGGAUGUGUGGACCUGCCAGGCGGUUGACCCCAUUUUUGAAAGGAAAUUGUCGUUGCUCAUGUGUUUUGGCCAGUCUGCUACCACCAUUGCCUAUUAUUAUAGCUAAUCAACUUCUGGGAGCUACACAGGACACAGAGGCUUGGGACCAAACCAGGAGACGGCAGAAACGUGACGCUCCUUGGUCCGAGGGUACAGAUAACAUGCACACCAACCUGUUGGGGGUCCCAAUAGGGGUCCCCCACGAAUUCCAGACAUUAACCAGGAAUGAUGGCCUGUGGCAUCUGAUGCCCAUCAUUGGCCCAGCUAUUGUUGAUGUUAAAACAAAAGGUCUGGAUCAAUUAUAAACACACCCACACAGGACUUACAGGGAUGGCUGAACAAUUGGAUGCUGCCUCACAAACCAGUAGACACAAUAGACUAACACUGGACAUAAGUCUGGCCAACAAGGGAGGUGUAACAGUGUUUCACGUUUGUUCCUAACAAUACUAGUCCGGAUGGGAGCAUUUCAAAAGCUCUGAGUGGGUUGGCAAGGUUAUCAGUGGAGAUGAAGGGUCUUGCAGGUGUGGAGGAGAGUGGACUGUUCCCCUGGCUGGGUGGUUGUUUUGGUAAGUACACUGCAAGGACGAUUACUGGAUUUCUGACACUAGUUGUGGUUUUUCAUUUCUGUGUUGCCUGUAUCAUACCUUGUUUGAAGAAGUUUGUUACAGAUGUGUAAGGGGCCUCUGGUUGAUGCUCCAGUUGGAGAGGCUGAUACGAAAACGAGCUUCCGCAGGAGAGUGGGCUGACAGAGGAGGACCCUUGGUUUGCUGUAGAUGAUGUUGUUGAAUGAAUAAAAAGUGAUGUUUGUCCUCCCUGUUGUGAAGGUUUGAAGUUCCCGGGUGGCGACGAGCCCACCUGGUACAGGUUGUAUAGAGGGAUGGACCGGAGGGUUUAACAUAUUCUCGUUUUUUGGUUUACUAAUGUGUGGUUGGCCACUCCAGGGGUAGUUAUUGGAGUGGUCUCCUUUUUGGUCCUUGCUCAUUUACGACUCAACUUACAUUGAUGGAAUUGGUGUCCCCAGGGGGGUACCAGAUAAGUAUAAACUGGUUGACCAAGUGGCCGCAGGUUUUGAAUCAUCAUUUUGUUGGUGGUGUACAGUUAAUAAAAUGUGGACAGAAUUAACUACAUUCAUUUUAAUGUCCAGAAACUGGGCAAUUGGACUCAACAAGGCUUCGAGGCGGUCCAUGGACAAUUGGCAGCUACGUCCCUGAUGGCAUUUCAAAAUAGAAUCGCGGUUGAUAUGUUAUUGGCUGAACGGGGGGGGGGGUCUGUGCAAUGUUUGGUGAACAGUGUUGUACUUUCAUUCCCAAUAACACAGCUACGGAUGGGAGUCUGACUGUAGCAUUGGAGGGACUUCGUACCCUUAAUGGUAAGAUGAAACAGCAUUCUGGAAUGGACACUACUAUGUGGGACUCAUGGAUGGAUGCUUUUGGUAAAUAUAAGACGCUGGCUUCCUCCGUCCUAGUAUCAAUUUCUGUUUUUGCGGCCAUUCUUGUACUUUGUGGAUGCUGUUGCAUUCCAUGUGCGCGCACGCUUGCUAGCCGUGUUAUAACUGCAGCCAUAGACCCUAAUCAGGAAAGGGCCCAAAUGUCCCCACUGCUUGAGGAUGGGGAAGCUGGACCUGUCUAUCUAUUUGAGGACUAAGAUACUUUUAUGUCACGUCUCUUGUGAGACGUGAAGAGAGGGAAUCAAAAAUUUGUCUUCUGACAAAUUUUAUCCCAUAGCUUUGUCUUUUUAUACUUUUAUGUCACGUCUCUUGUGAGACGUGAAGAGAGGGAAUCAAAAAUUUGUCUUCUGACAAAUUUUAUCCCAUAGCUUUGUCUUUUUAUACUUUUAUGUCACGUCUCUUGUGAGACGUGAAGAGAGGGAAUCAAAAAUUUGUCUUCUGACAAAUUUUAUCCCAUAGCUUUGUCUUUUUAUACUUUUAUGUCACGUCUCUUGUGAGACGUGAAGAGAGGGAAUCAAAAAUUUGUCUUCUGACAAAUUUUAUCCCAUAGCUUUGUCUUUUUAUACUUUUAUGUCACGUCUCUUGUGAGACGUGAAGAGAGGGAAUCAAAAAUUUGUCUUCUGACAAAUUUUAUCCCAUAGCUUUGUCUUUUUAUACUUUUAUGUCACGUCUCUUGUGAGACGUGAAGAGAGGGAAUUAAAAAUUUGUCUUCUGACAAAUUUUAUCCAUUAGUUUUGUCUUUUAUAUACUUUUAUGUCACGUCUCUUGUGAGACGUGAAGAGGGGGAUUUGUAAGAAAUUGUAUUAGAUAUUGGUAACUUGUUCUAACAACUUCUCAACAUUACCUAUAAGUUGACACAACAUACACACCCCCUCUUUCUCUUGGACAUAUGCUGGACACAUAGGACAUAUACACGGCACCCACAAUUCCCCUCCCCCAUGACAAUCACACAGACACCCAACCCAUGGUUGGACCUCAGGACAAAGAACUCUCAGGAACCAAUGGAACGUGGACACCAGGCCUGAUCAGGACUACCCAAGACCCAGACCGACCAAUCGGAAGGCCAGACUCGCAGAUCAACCUACUUUGCUUGUUGUCUAUAUAUAAAACUGUAUGACUGUGGAAACUCCCUCUUUUUCCAAAUGACCCCAUACGGAUCGGAUAGAAAAGAGCCGUGCUGCACGCUUUGCAUAAUAUUUUUACACUUGAAUAAACCUGCCUUAUUAUAAAAUUA